CAUGUUCAGAUUUCUAUCCCUAUUUCACUUCGGUGAAAUGACUGCAAAGUGUCAGCAGAGAGGACUGGAUUGAAUUUAAACAAGAACAAGAAAAAAACAUUUCUUUUUUUUAAGUCUUCUGCCAGCAUCUGAAGGACAGAUCUGUCUCUUCCUGCCUCUACCUUCUGCACUCUCUCAUCUUCUUCACUCUGUGCUUCUCCCUCCCUCACUGCAUUUUUCCCAGGCUGAGGCGUCCAUGGACCCUCUGGCUCCGCUGCUUUCGUCAGUAACUUGGAGCGCUCUGAGAACUUUGUGAACUCCCUGUGUUUAAGUUGGAAGGGAGAGGAAGGGGAGCAGUUGAUGGGACAAAGCCCGGCAGCAGUGGCAGGCUCCUCUGGAGACGGCAUCAGGACUCUCAGCUGGAGAUAAUCCCCUGGGGUCAUGACAAGACAGCACCGCAGCCUCCUCACGCCCCUGGCUCUGCUGGGACUCCUCGUGGGGUUUGUGGACCUCAGCCAUGGUGAGGAUGAGGAUUACUACAUGCAGGAGUUGCUGACAAGAGAACAGUACAACCAGGUUCAAUUCCAGGAGAAGCCAGUGGACUCGACACCUGACAGGUAUGAGCACCCAAGCCAAAACUCUGACAAGAAGGUGCCCAAGGGAAAGGAACACAGCAGCAGGCAGACAGAUCAAACCACAGCUAAUGCCAAAUCAGCGAACAACAAAAAGGGAGAGAAGAACAAAAAGAGCCCCCCGAAAACCCCAGAUGGCAUCUCAGACGGAGGACAAUACAACUCAAUAAAAGAUGAAUGCCCUCCUAUGGGACUGGAGACGCUGAAGAUUGAUGAUUUCCAGCUUCACGCGUCAAGCACGAAGCGCUAUGGCCUUGGUGCACACAGAGGUCGUCUUAACAUUCAGGCAGGCCUUUAUGAGGAUGACCUCUAUGAUGGGGCCUGGUGUGCAGGGAGAAAUGACCCGCUGCAGUGGUUCGAGGUGGACGCCAGGAGGCUGACCAAGUUCACAGGGGUCAUCACACAAGGCAGGAGCUCCCUCUGGUCAAGUGACUGGGUGACCUCGUACAAGGUCAUGGUGAGCAACGACAGUCACACCUGGGUAACGCUGAAGAACGGCUCGGGAGACAUGAUCUUCACCGCCAACAGGGAGAAGGAGAUCCCAGUCCGGAACAUCUUCCCAGCACCGGUGGUCGCCCGGUACAUCCGAGUGAACCCUCGCUCUUGGUUUAACAGUGGAAACAUCUGUAUGAGAGUGGAGAUCCUUGGCUGUCCUUUGCCAGAUCCAAAUAAUUACUACCGCAGGCGCAAUGAAGUCAUAACGUCCGACGACUUGGACUUCAGACACCACAGCUACAAAGAGAUGAGACAGCUCAUGAAGGUGGUAAAUGAAAUGUGCCCCAACGUCACUCGGAUCUAUAACAUAGGAAAGAGCCAAACCGGCCUCAAGCUGUACGCAAUCGAGAUCUCCGACAAUCCCGGGGAACAUGAAGUUGGUGAACCCGAGUUUCGUUACACAGCAGGUUCCCAUGGUAAUGAGGUGCUGGGACGAGAGCUGCUCCUCCUGCUGAUGCAGUUCAUGUGCCUGGAGUAUUUGUCUGGCAACCAGCGCAUUCGUCACCUGGUGGAAGAGACCAGAAUCCAUCUGUUGCCAUCUGUCAACCCCGAUGGGUACGAGAGAGCCUUUGAAGUGGGUUCGGAGCUCAGUGGUUGGUCUCUGGGUCGAUGGAGUGCCGAUGGAAUAGACAUACAUCAUAACUUCCCCGAUCUCAACUCCAUACUGUGGGAAGCCGAGGCCAAGAAAUGGAUCCCACGCAAAGUGUUCAACCACCACGUGCCCAUCCCUGAGUGGUACCUGUCCUCAAAUGCCUCAGUUGCCUUGGAGACGAGGGCACUGAUAGCGUGGAUGGAGAAGAUACCCUUUGUGCUGGGUGGCAACCUCCAGGGAGGAGAGCUGGUGGUGACCUUCCCAUACGACAAAACUCGCUCCCAGGGAGUGAGCAGGGAGCAGACCCCCACCCCGGAUGACCACGUCUUCCGCUGGCUGGCCUUCUCUUACGCAUCCACCCACCGCCUGAUGACUGAUGCCAGUCGACGUGUCUGCCACACAGAGGACUUCGCCAAGGAGGACGGCACCAUCAACGGGGCGUCCUGGCAUACUGCAGCUGGCAGUAUGAAUGAUUUCAGCUACUUGCACACCAACUGCUUUGAGUUGUCGAUGUACGUGGGCUGUGACAAAUUCCCUCAUGAGAGCGAGCUGCCCGAGGAGUGGGAGAACAAUCGCGAGUCUCUUCUGGUCUUCAUGGAGCAGGUGCAUCGCGGGAUCAAAGGUGUAGUGAGGGACCUGCAAGGUCGUGGAAUAGCCAACGCCACCAUCUCUGUGGAGGGCAUCAGCCAUGAUAUUCGUACAGCUGCUGAUGGCGACUACUGGCGCUUGCUGAAUCCUGGAGAGUACAAAGUAACAGCCAGGGCCUUGGGCUACAGCUUCACCAGCAAGAAGUGCGAAGUGGGCUACGAGAUGGGCGCCACCAGGUGCGACUUCACCAUCGGCCGCACCAACCUGUCACGAAUUAAAGAAAUCAUGGAACGAUUCAACAAGCAGCCCAUCAGACUGCCCAUGAGGCAACUCCAAGCCCGCAGGUCCAGACAAAGACGUCUGGGGACUUAAUGUCCGUACGAGGAAACCAGAGGGAGAGCUCAGAUCAGACUGCAGAGAACUCCAGCCCUGGGACUGGACCUCUGUCAGAUUCCUUCACAGAGCUGUCAGAAAAAAUUACUUUAAAAUUUUAAAACUGUGGGUAAUUUAAAAGGGUUACUUUGUUUGGGGUUAAGCUCAUCACAAAUUUCAUCUUUGAACGUGUUAUAAUAUCCACUGAAUCCUAGGAAGAGUUUGUUAAACCUCUUUUCUUGGAUCCACAAAGGUCCAGUGUGCAAAAUUUUGGUGACAUUAUUUUCAUUCAUUGGAAGAAAUUGAAGAUCCUAUGUAAACAGAUCGUACUGAGGCUGCCUUUUGAUACAAACUUAAAGCUAUACAGGUUUUUAAAAGGAAAGGACGUAACUUCACCAUUAAUCAAUUUUUUAAUUUUACACACUGCACCUUCAAGACAUCACGACAUCACUACUAUAAACACACAUUUCUUUUAAGAUAAAAUAAUAUUAUAAGCUACAGAUAGAGGUUUUAUCUUCACAUUACAGUAUUACUGUUAUGAUGUACAUACGUAUUAACUUAUGUAACUCAGCUACGUAAACCAUUACAAAACUUUAACCUGCAUUUGUGCAAAUUUUUUUUUUUUUUUUAAUUCUUUUAAAUAUUGGACAGAGUGGCUUCUUUGUGUGUCACUGAUUUGUUUCUUAUAAACUCUGGUUUGUCAAGUUAUUAAAUAAAGACUAUAAGUUUACACAAAUU